GACAACACGUGGUCUUAACCGACAACAACAACAACGGAUAGUGUCUUAACGAAUGGAUAGACAGACAAAGAUCGGGAACUACUGACACGUGAAGACAUUGUUGACACCACUUGACAGGCGAUGUCUUGGUGUCCACCGAACGGCACGUGUAGGACAUCCAUCGGAUCCACGUUAACGAUACUAUGGCUGACACUAUGGGUGACAGUAUGGCAGCUGUCGGUUGUCUGUGAGCACGUGUCAGACACCGGUUCCGACGCCACGCCCGCAGCCAAUGACGGCCACUCUUCGGCGCCCGCAGUGGACGACCAUCUGGUGAUUAAUGUGAUGAAUGGCGGCCAAGAGGUGUAUCAGGAGGUGAUCGCCGCCAACACCACCGAUGAUGUGAUUACAGUGGACUUCUUGGAGACCGACGCCAGUCUUAUCACACAAUUUAUUGAUUUCAAAGCGGAGGUGCAGAUCUUCCGGAUCUACCGUUUGGGUGAACAGGACUUAAACGAAAGCCAAUACAAAGUCUACUGUUUUGUCACACAUUUGCUCCGAAAUGAGUUCAUAUCGAGCGACGCGAUGUCUAAACUAAGACAG